ACCAAAAUCAAAACCAAAAAACAAAAAACCCAAAUUGAAGGAAACAUGUGUGAACCGGCAGCUCAACUUUGCACAGCAUUAAUGCUAUGCAUUUUAUUAGUUGGCUCAUCCUGCGCCUGGAAACCCAUCGCAUCGUCAGUGGGUUCGGGUUCGGGUACAGCUUCCUAUAGUCUGAAGCAAUCGCAUCCGGGUGCCGCUAGUAGUAGUCAUGAAUUGGCCACCAGUUUUGCCACACAAUCCAAGGAUGAUCACGAUGGUCUAUUAGCCGCCUCAGUGGGAUCCCCUUUGGCCACCAGUGCCUCCCAGCAUGGCAGUAGCAUUGCAUUUGCUCACGAUAUCGAUGAUCUUGAAUUGGAUAACUAUGACUCGUAUAGCCUGGAGCAUGAGCAUGCCAUUGCACAGGAUCCGACAAUUAGUUUUCCCCACACCCGUUCACCCCUCUACGGUUCGGAUCGUUGUAGUGUCAAGAAAUUCGCCUUCAAUCAGGACGGUGUGGUCGAGUAUGGUAAUCAAUUGCCCGAAUUGGAUCAGUUUACAUUAUGCUUUUGGAUGCGUUUCACCAAUCAUAGUGGCGAUCAUGUUCUACUCACCUAUGAGGCUGGCAAGGAACCACGCGAAAUACAAAUCUGGGUCGCCAAUGCGCAAAAUUCCAGUUUCCUUUCGAUGGCCAUAAAAGGUCAGCAAAUGUAUAGACUCAAUUAUCCGCUGCGCAUGCGUCAAUGGCAUCAUAUGUGCAGCUCAUGGAAUGGCAAAACUGGCGAAUGGCAGGCCUGGCUCAAGGCAGAACGUAUUGGGCGUGGCUUUCACAAUUCGUUGGUGGGCCACAAGAUACCGGCGAAUGGUAAACUUCGAUCCGGUGGUCCAUCUGUAACCGGUGACAUAAGCCACGGUCUGCAUUUCGAGAUGACAAUGGUACAGGUAUAUCGUGUGGCCUUAAGUGCCGGCAAGGCACAUCGUGAUCAUAAGCAUCAUCAUGUCCAUCAUUUUGAUCAUGAGGGUCAGGAGUUAUCCACCACAACACGUGCACCGCCAACGAUUAAUCGUCCCCAACCGAUGCAUAAUCUACUGGCCAGUGGACAAAUACCUACAAGAGUACGCAUCAAUUUGGCCAAUCCAGCCAAUCCAAAUUUGCCAACACAGCCAACGGGAACAGGAGCAGGAGCAGGAGCAGGAGCAGGAGUUGUUAGUUCGCCUAACGAUGCAAUUACGAUUAAUACAAAUUUCGUGAAUGGCCAAAUUAAUGCUGGCUCUCGCCUGGUGGCCCAGCAGUUACUCAAUCUACCACAAGCUAGUCAACCAGGAGGCAAUCGUUUCCAUAUGCUUAGCAAUUCGGCAAAUGUCCAAUUUAUCGAUGAGACCGAAACUCGUAUACAAUUCAAACGUGAGGCGACCACCACCACGGAUAAGAAGAAGUUACAGAAACGUGGAUUAGUUCUACUCGACGAUGGUUCCAUUGUCGAUGAUGGCGCCGAUACGGACGCCGAGCUAUAUAAUGGUCUUGCCGAUUUCGGGGGCAAACAAUUCAAACAGGACUUGACCAUGAAAAUGAGUCUCGAGGAGGAGAUAAGCACACACGAUCGUGAGCCAGCGGAGGAGGAAGUCAAGGCGGUGAUGAGUAUUUGUAGUAGUUGUGAGGCGGAACCCUUCCAGGGGGCCAUAGUCUUCUCAUGGAAGGAUGUCAAGGAGCAUAUGAAUAAUGCCCUAAAGGGUCAAAGUGUUGGCACUUGUGGCAACUUUUAAAUGGUCAAUAAUCUUCGGCAUUCCGGAGUUAGCCAUCACACCUCCCUUUCCCCUCCCAUUCCCUCCAUUCCAAUCCCUUCCCAUAAUUAAUAUUAUUUCCUUCGUAUUUUUUUUUGUUCGCCUGUAAAUAUACUCGAAAUAAAAUAAUUUUAUGUAGUUAAAACACUCAC